UCUGGUUUUUACUGAUUGGUCAUGACGGCCAGACAGUGCAAUCGUUAUCACAGUUCUUAUCAUAGUCUUACAUGUUUUCAAAAGACAAUUUUGUAUCCAUAUAAAGCCCAGGUUAUUCCCAAAAAUUCACUCAUUAAUUCUUAAAGUUUAAAUCGGUGACCAAUUUCUCGUUCAAAAUGAAAGUUCUGGUAGUGUUUUGUGCAGUUCUGGCUUUGGUUUACGCCAAUUGGAAACCAAAGACCCUCGAAGAGUGGAAUAAAAGUCGUGCAGAAUGUUUCGAAUCUGAGAAAGUUUCCCAACGUUGCCAAGAGGAACUCAAGAGAGACGAACAUCCCCAUGAGUGUGGUUGCUAUUUCCGCUGCAUUGGAAUGAAGACAGGGAUCUGGCAUGAUACAAACGGAUUCGAUAUCGAGAAGACUCACGAAGCUUUGGUAGCGACUGGAUGGGAAGUGGAAAAGGACAAUCUGAAGAAAUGUUUCUCCGCCAAUCCAAAGGAAGAUGAUCCAUGCAAGUGGUCUACGGCUGUCGCGAAAUGUGUGUAUGAAAACAAGUAUCUGAAAAGGAAGGAAUAAGGAAGUCGACUUUGAUGCACUGGAGCAUGCAGUUAUGUCAAUUGUUUAAUAUCGUGUUAUUUUAGCGACUCCUUAUGAAUAUGAAUGUGUAUCAUGACCCUUUUUUAAAGUUAUGACAUCAAUAAGAAGAAAGUGAACUAUCGUGGACAA